UUUUUUUUUUUUUUUUUUUUUCUAUACUUUAUUAUUACAUUAAUCAUUACGUUCAAAAAUCGUUUUCUCUCAUACAGCAAUGGCCGAUCCUUCAGAACAUAAACGCCAACGUGUCAGUAAAGCUUGUGAGCAGUGUAGAAGAAAGAAAGUAAAAUGCGAUGGUUCUUCGCCGCACUGUAAUAAUUGUAUUACGUUGGGGCUGGCGUGUCACUAUAAAGAAUCAACAAAAAAGCGAGGACCACCGAAAGGAUAUAUUGAAGCUAUUGAAGGCAGAUUACAUCGAUUAGAAGCACUAUUGGGCAGUAUUGUUCAAGAAGAUGAUCCGCGAUCUCAAGCAAUUAUAAAUGAGUUAAAUGCGCCUUUAGAAACAGCGUAUGGUGAGCUUGUUCGACCACGUCCGAUGCGUAGAGAAAAUGUGUCUGGAUUUGAGGCUGAAUGUGGGCCACUCACAACAACAGAACCCAUGCUGGCGGGUAUGAAACCUGAUGAAUCACACCAUCAUGAUAGUGACGAAUCAAAUAAUAUGGGAAAUCUGUCUAUCGAUGAAAGUGGACAGCUUCGUUACUACGGCAAAUCAUCUGGAUUCUACAUGUUACGAAACAGUAAAAACUUUCAAAACAGAGCAUUUCAAUUCAAUACAAAAGGUCGUCAAGAUCAGGAGGGAACAACUACCUUUCCCUUUGUUGUAGAUCCGUUUGAGUUGCCUCCCAAAGAUCUUUCCGAUCAUUUACUGAACCUUUAUUUCAAAUACUUUUACCCUCUUUUACCCAUCUUACACAAGAAAUCAUUUAUGGAAUCUGUCACAGAUGAUACCAAACCUUCACCUCCUCCCAUCUUGUUAAACGCCAUCUACGCUGUCGCUUCUCGUGUCUCCUCCGAUGUACGUGUAAGAUCGGUCGCUACAAAACCUGAAACUGCGGGCGAUGUCUUUUUCGAGAGAGCUCGUAUGUUACUAGAUUUAGAGUGGGAUAGCUUUCGAGUUUAUACCGUACAAUCAUUAUUGCUCAUGAGCAGUCAUCAAAACGGUGCGUUAAAAACCACUCGAGGCUGGCUUUACAGUGGCAUGGCCAUUCGAAUGUCUCAAAAUCUGGGUCUGCAUAGAAAUUGUGAUAGCUGGGACUUAUCAGCAACUGAAAAAGAAGAUAGAAAACGAGCAUUUUAUGGGUGUUUUGUGCUGGACAGAUUAGCGUGUGCAAUGCAUGGUCGAUCCCCCAUGAUUGAUGAAAGAGAUUAUGAUACGCCUUACCCCUCUGAAAAUGACAUUGAUGCACCACGUAUCAUGGAGAACUUUCAUUAUCUCGUCAAAAUCUGUGAGAUUUUGGGUGAUGUCAUUCGUGAACUCUACAUGGUCAAAGGAAGAAAGCAAUUAUCCAUGAUGUCCUCACCCGAUAAUAUCGUCUCUACUCUCGAUAAGAAAUUAAAUAAGUGGAUGUCGAAAUUACCCGCCAGUUUACAGUACAGACCUCCUAAUACACGUCUCAAUGAGCGUGCGCCUGCACCAUCAUUACAGCUCUGUCAAUUACACAUGUUAUUCUAUACAACACUGAUAUUAUUGCAUCGUCCAUUUAUUCCAGGACCACAACAAACAGUGGCCCCCUCUGUGUUUCCAUCCGCAUCUAUAUGUACAUUUGCUGCCAACAAGAUAUUGGAUAUUACCGGUUCGCUUUUGGCGGAAGGCAGAUUAAAACAUGUGAACAAUUAUUCGUUGUUCUUUAUGUUUACAGCCGGCAUCAUCUUUAUUUAUAAUGCAGCUUCUUCCGAUUCUAUGUUUGCGUUCGAAGCCAAAAUCAGUAUUAAUAAGAUUAUGCGAGCCAUGGAUGUAGUCGAAACCACCUGGAUUACGUCUGCUCGUCAUUGUAAUAUUUUGGGUGCGCUUGCUGGAUUACGCGAUAUCGAUUUAGAUUGUGUUGAUCAAAGUUAUACCAAAUCGUCGACACAACAACAACGUGCUGCGCCCCCGCCUUCUAUCGCCGUACCCAAUUCUCCCGAACCCGACGGUGCUGAUCCACGUCACUACGAUUUCCAUCAACGUAGUAUGGAGGAGAAAUAUUACAUGGGAAGUGCAGCAACGAGUACGGGUAGUCAUAAAUCUCCUAGUGUCGAUUUCAAUUCGCCAGAGAUCUCUCAAGGUGCAACAAAUUCAUUUCCUAUGCCUAACUUUGACAAUACAAAUUCAUUUGAUCCAAACGGUACUGCCUUUUGGGGUGUACCAAUGUCGUUCGAUAUCGAUGAAUGGAAUAGCUACUUUAGUAACCAAAAAGGUGCUGAUAGUGUCUUUACUCCUUAUGAAUCUCAUGAAUCUCGUCAACCUCAAGUACCUCUUUGGGCUGAUUAAUACCGACUAUCCCCCCAUCCUCUUUUUUUUUCUGUUGUAAUUAUGCAUAUAUAUCUAUACUCUCUCUCUUUCUCCUUUAAUAAAAAUUGAAAAAAUAUCCAAAGGUGUGUCGAAAAACCUUAUACAUAGGAAGCAUAUGUUUUUGAAACCCAGAUUGAAUGGGAAGGUCUUUACGAGAUGUAUGGAUCUAGACACUGACAAAAUUACGCUUUGAAAAAAUUCGGGAUGUAAUUUAUACUACAAAUUAUUAGCUAGGUUAAAAUGUCUCUGAGAAGCGAAAGAGUUAACA